AUUUGUAUAUUUUUUCUUUUCUGAUUGAUCUCUUCUUUUUGAUUUAGAUUUAGUAAUUUGUGAAUUUAAAAAAUCAUCUGAUUCUUCAAUAUAAAGCAUUUUCAAUCUUUUUUUAGAAAGAAAAUUACAGGGCCUUCCACAAAAAUGUCUGUGAAACACUAGCCAGGAGAGAAAAUAGGAAAUCAAAGACUUCAUAUUUUUCACAUUUAUGGUUUUUCUUUUACUUGGAAAUUAAUUUUGUUUGUAGGUUUUAUUUUUUUUUCCUUAAAGUUUAAUACAUUUUUAAUUUUCUUUGGAUUUUCAAAAGAAGAAGGUUUAUUGAAAGCAAAAGAUCCUAGUCGACAAUUUGGCAUAUUAUCUAGAGUUAUUUUUGGGUUCACUCUCUAGGGUGAACUUCUAGAUUCAUCAAUUAAUAGUAUUUUGUUAUUUCAUAUUCAAUAUCUUUAAAAAAAUAUUGUAGGUAUAUUAUAUUUUUAAUAUAAAAAGGUAAAAUAAAUAAAAAUAGUAGUAGUUGUAAAAAAAGAAUUUUUUAAAAAUAUUUUUAUCGCCGUCAGCAAAAUACUAAACUCUAAACCCUUGAAAUAUCCUAAACUUUGGAUAAAACCUAAACCCUAAAUCAAAACACUAGACACUAAAUCUUGAAAAUACUAAACCCUUGAUCCUAAACCCUAAAAUACUUGGACAAAAAUAAUUAAAAAUAACAGUAAUUGCUAAAGUUCUUUUUUAAAAAAAAUAUUUUUAACGCCAUAAACAAAACACUAAAUUUUACUGAUAUUUUAAUAAAAAUGAUUCUCCUUAAGAAGUUUUAGAAAGCAGUGAAUUUUCUCGGGAUGGCCAAACACUAAGGAGCAUCCGCGUCUCCCGGCAAACAUAGGUUUGCAUGACCUAAAAUAGAGGAUCAUGUUUUGAUAUCAUCGAUGUGGAGUUUGUUCGAUUAGUCAAGGACUUCAUAUGCUAUGCUUUUUCCUGAAUAGUUAAAUUAAUUGCACAUGUAGUUUUGCUAUCAUUUGUGUUCAAAUUAAUAGACAGAUUGUAAAAGUCAAAGCAAUAUUGUGAAAAUUCAAAGCGUAUAUGGUCAACUGAACUUAGUGUAGAACAAAAAUAUAUAUACCGUCAAUGACUAAACAGCACAAAAGUAAACAAAAAAAGAAAAAGAGAGAUGAAGGUACGUUUUUUCUUCAUCUUAGUUCUCCAUCUUUCCUCAAAAUAUGAUUCGAAAAUUGUAUCGACAGAGCCGUUUAAGAUAUCUACUCGAAGAAACAUCUUGUCCCCAGAAAAAGUCUUUGUGUUUGGUUUCUUUAAACCGUCGACAACUUCCGGAGUAGCUGACCGCUGGUAUCUCGGCAUAUGGCACCACAGGCUUCCUCAGGAAGUCGUAUGGGUUGCGAAUAGAGACAACCCAAUGUCGAAGCCCGUAGGAACCCUCAAAAUCUUGGAUACCAACCUGGUACUCCUUGAUCAACACGGUACCCGCGUCUGGUGGACCAAUAGGACUAGCACAAAUCUCAUGAAAUCACUAGUGACUGGAGAGCUUCUUGACAGUGGGAACUUCGUGUUAAGGUACUUCAACAACGACUCAUCAACUGGGUGUUUGUGGCAGAGUUUCGAUUUUCCGACGGAUGCUUUAGUGUCCAAUAUGAAACUAGGGUUUGAUGCCAAAUCGAAUAUAAAUAGGGUCUUGGAAUCUUGGAGAAGCUCGGAUGAUCCGUCAUCAGGAGAAUUCACCUAUGGAGUGGAACGUCAUGAGCUCGUGCAGAGUGUCACUCGGAAGAAGGGUCUGCCAACAUUCCGGAGUGAACCCUGGAAGAUUAAAAAUGAGAGUGGAAAUUUCACCUACGUGACGUACAACAUUACCGUAACCAGAGAAGAGGCCACAUAUUUCUUCACUGUCACUAAUAAAACCUUCUUUUCCAUAUUGAGAUUGUCCUACAACGGCGUGUUGAAGCGGUCAACUUGGGUUCCAAAACCACAACAAUUGUGGAAACGCGUAGAUCGUAUUUUACCGCAUGAUACAUGCGGGUUAUACAACAAAUGUGGACCUAAUGGUAUAUGUGAUACAAGCAGAUCACGAAUCUGUGGUUGCAUUCAUGGAUUUAAGCCGAGAGACCAAGAAGCAUGGGGUUUUCAAGACUGGACAGGUGGGUGUAUGAGGAAGACUAAGUUGAAUUGCUCUGGAGAUGGGUUUGAGAAGCUUAGGAAAAUGAAGUUGCCGGAUAUUACAAAGUCUAUUGUGGACAUGACUAUUGGGUUGAAGGAAUGCAAAGAAAAGUGCAAUAGGAAUUGCAAUUGUACUGCAUUUGCUAACCCGGAUAUGCAAAAUAGCUGUGUGAUUUGGGUGGGAGAAAUCCUCGAUCUUCGGAAGAGCAUGAUUGCCGGUCAAGAUCUAUUUGUUAGAUUGGCUGCUACUGAUAUAUCGGUGACAAAUUCAAACAAAAAUACAAGAAAAAUGAGUGCAAAAAGCAUAAUGUUGAUUAUUGGAAUCUGCAUUGUGUUUCUUCUGGGUGUCAUCUUCAUAUUGUUCUGUUUCUGGAAAAGAAAGAAGAAGAUUCCAACAAGAACCGUUGCACCACCUAUUGGGAAUUUACAAUGUGUACCGAUGGAGCUAGUAAAGGUUGUCAAGGCCACAGAAAACUUUUCUGAUUGCAACAAGAUAGGAAAAGGUGGUUACGGUAUUGUUUACAAGGGGAUUUUACCAGAUGGGCAAGCAAUCGCAGCUAAAAGGCUGUUGGUGAGAUCAGCUCAUGGGAUCGAAGGUUUCACCAACGAGGUGAAUUUGAUCGCCAGCGUUCAGCAUGUCAACCUCGUCCAGCUACUCGGAUACUGCUUUGAGGGAGAGGAGAUGAUUCUACUCUUUGAACUAAUGGAGAAUUCCAGUCUCGAUACGUAUAUUUUCGACAAAACCAAAAGCUAUAAGAUUGAUUGGGAGAAGCGAUGGGAUAUAACUAAUGGUAUUGCUCGGGGACUUUUAUAUCUUCAUCAAGAUUCUCGGUAUCGGAUCCUCCACAGGGACCUGAAACCGAGCAACAUCUUGCUUGACAAAGAUAUGGUACCAAAAAUCUCCGACUUCGGGAUGGCUAAGCUAUUUGCAAGGGAUGAGACAGAAGCUACUAGUACAACGAAUAUGGUCGGAACUUUCGGCUAUAUGCCUCCCGAAUACGCGAUAGAUAGGAUAUGCUCUGUCAAAUCAGACGUUUUCAGUUUUGGAGUCUUGCUUCUCGAGAUAAUCGCUGGAAAGAGAAACAACGAAUUCUUAUACUACAACGAAGAAAGCCUUCUUUUCUAUAUAUGGAAGCUCUGGUUGGAAGGAAAAGGGCUCGAUAUUGUAGAUCCUGUUAUCGUUGAUUCCUCAUCAACAUUUCGACCAAGUGAGGUUCUAAGAUGCAUCCAUAUUGGUCUCCUGUGUGUUCAAGAAACUAAAGAUAAUAGACCGCUGAUGUCGUCUGUUAUGUUGAUGCUCACAAGCGAUAAAACAGAGAUGAAUCAGCCUGAACGUCCUGGUUCUUUCGUCAUUCGAAAUCGUUUUGUGAUUGGUUCCUCAUCAUCAAACCUGCCAAACAAAGAAACUUGCACGCCGUUCGAUAUAGCCGACUGGACGCCCGUUAGUGCUGGGUAAUCAGCUCUUCACCUCAGGCUAAGACAGUCUUUUCUCGUCUAAAUUUUAUUACAUAGUAAAACAAAUGUAUUAUCAUAGUAAAUACAUGCACUGUCAAAUAGUAAGCCUUAAUAAUGGGUUCUUUAUAAGAAAUGCUGUGACUAAAUAUGUUGACUUUAUAGUUUGUUAUUAUUCCCUCUCAAAUUAUGCAACCCACUUUAUUUCCUCUUAAAAAUGUUGACUUCUUUAGAAAACUCCCCAAACAUCACAUUAAAAUCGAAGAAAAUCAAACUUGUAAACCUAUCAUUAACUUUGUACCCACACUUUUUGACCAAAACACAUCACCAAAUCCAACUGACCUAGUGACUAAUAAUAUACACCAAUUAUUUGUCUGAGAAUUCAUAGUGAUGCAAUGGUUGUCAUGAGGCCCGGCUCUGAAACUUCUGAAAAAACAUUGGGCCGGAAGCUUAAAAAAAAAAUUGGGCCGGAAUAAAUUAUAAAAACAAGGAAAACAUUUGCAGUUUCAAAGAAUUGAAACCAUGACAGCCACUUACUUACUCUGCAUGUUUUGUCAGUUGAACUAAUGAAACUUUUGAAAAAAUAAAGGCCGAUAAGUUAUGUAUUUUAAAAACGGCUGGAAGCUGAUGCUUCCUCCGUUUCCUACCAGGGCCGCUACUCUCAUGUAUAUAUCUUUCAUACACAUAUACAGACCACACGGUAAGGUUAAAUGAUUAAUACAACAGAGAAUGGUACGGUUUAAUUAUAGUAAGUCAAGUCACAUGCAUUAUGACCUUAUAAAUCUCUUACUUAUUAAUAGAGAAACAUUACUAUGGAGUAAUUUUUGUUUUCUACUUUAAUUACAACAGUGUCAUUUUGCUGACGUAUCAAACUAAUUGUCCUUCUCAGCCCAAUUAUUUAAAUUUCCUUUCAUUACUAGAAAAUUUACAUAAAAUGCCACUGGUCUAACUAUUUCGUCCGACAUGAUUUUUAAAAUAUGUCUAUUGUUCUAUGUUCAAACUCUUACUAACCGCCAAUUUAUUAAAACAUACCCAUUCGGUUCUCACUUUAUUUGAUCAGACCAACACCAGUUUCAACUAAAGAUUGUUCUAUAUUCACUCUUACCAACCGCCAGUUUAUUAUAAAAUACCAACUCGGUUCUCUAUUUAUUUCAUCAGACCAACACCAUUGUCAACUGAUGGUGCUUCCGUGCAUCCCAAACUACAUUUGUUCCUACAAAAAGACAAUUUUGAUUUUUUUUUUGCACAAUGUCAUUAUUCUAUUAAAAAGGUGUUAUGUGCCAGAACUCCACCAUUCUAUCUUCGACUGUUUCAGCCAUUUAUGUCACUAUUGUGUCAUCGUAUAAUUAAUUGUAUUUUAUAUGUACCAUCAUAUGAAUAAUCAUAGAAUUGAUAGUAUUUUAUAUGUAUAAUCAUAUAAAUAAUCACAUAUAUUAUAUUUUAAAACUUAAUGUGAAAUAAAAAAAACCAU